GAAUGCAUGUGUGUGCAGGGCUGUGUUUAUGAGUGUGUGUUUGUCAGCAGCAUGGCAUAGCCCAGCCUCAGAAGGAAUGACAGGACUCAGAGGUGGGGGACAUGCUCUGUGAAUAAAUCAUGCUAAUUGUUUUGGGAAGACUGUGAAAGUUCGACCCAAGAUGAAGGCACAGAAGGAAGCUUUCUCUCGGGUAUCAGCUGCUUUUGCUGCUCCUCUCCUCUUGAUCCUUGCCGUUCUGAUUCACUCAGCAUGUGUUCAGGGAGUGAACAUCACCAGUCUCGAGUCUCUAAUCAGAGGGACGGUGGGCGGAGAAGCUCUGUUCCCCAUCCGAUACUCAAGCACCAGUCUGGAUCCUCCUGUAAUCAAAUGGCAGCUGAAAAGGGACAAACCUAUUACAGUGGUCCAGUCCAUUGGCACGGAGAUCAUUGGAAACCUGCGACCGGAAUACAGAGACCGCAUCCUUGUGUUUGAGAAUGGAACGCUGCUACUCCAUAAUCUCAAGCUGUCUGAUGAGGGCACUUAUGAAGUAGAGAUCUCCAUCACCGAUGACACCUUCACUGGAGAGAGCAGCAUCGAUCUGACAGUGGAUGAGCCAAUUUCUAAGCCACAUGUCCACAUGGCCACCUCCACCGUGCUGGAACUGAUGGAGAAUUUCACACUGAACUGCACCCAUGAAACAGGCACUAAGACCACCUACGGCUGGGCUAAAGGUGGUCAUCCAUUACUCAACGAGACCCGUCUGCUGCUGUCCCCGGAUCAGAAGGUCGUGACCAUCACCCGUGUUCAGAUGGUUGAUGAUGACGUCUACAGCUGCAUGGUGGAGAACCCUAUUAGUAGCAUGAGAAGUCUACCAGUCAGACUCACCGUUUACAAAAGAAGCUCUCUUUAUAUCAUACUGUCUACAGUUGGCAUCUUCCUCCUUGUCACCCUUGUAACUGUGUGUGCUUGCUGGAAGCCGUCUAAAAAAUCAAAAAAACAGAAGUCCAAAACUAAUAAACCACGAGCCAUUUCGCAAAAUCAUCACAUCAGGUAUGGAGACGUCAAGCCAGAGGAUGAUGCCAUCCCAGUAAUGACUGAUCACGAGCGCAGGAAUCCUGUAUCACUCUACAUCUUAAAAGAGAAGGAUUCUCUUCCUGGCGAACCAGCGUCAACGUGUGAAACAUGCACCUCCAACAGCAGCAGCCCACCGAGCUACAGCAGCUCAGUACCUCCUCCAUCCGACCUGAUCGAGCCGCCAGCGCGCUCCUCUCGCAGAUACCCUCGCACCCACACUAAAUCCCCACCGCGCCAUCGCCGGAGGAAGGGACACAGUCAGAGCCCACCAGCCCCCUCCUCGCCCAGCAGCCGAGGGUCUGUUCAAGCCUCUCAGCGCACUGCGUCCUUUUCUCCAGCCAGGAUUCCUGAGGAUCCAUCCACCCCUCCACAGGAACCCAGAGGCUCCCGAAAAACAUAGAUGAUAGCAUUGACCACGUCUACCGACUAGCCCACAUGCUGCAAAAAGACAGAUACUGUACUGACCUGCGCAAAUACUUUUGCAUUAAUGUACAUGUACAUCUUUCUGCUACAAACCUGUUUAGCUUUAUCAUGUUAAGACACGUUUUAAAAGCACUUUUUGAUUGUUUAGUUAAUUUCACACGCUAGGACCUCUUCACUCUCCGUCUGGGUACUUCAAUGUGAUUGCGUUGGCUUGACAAAGCUUUCAAGCCAUAUCCACCAAAUAUUUAUCCACCAAUAUUUUAUUAAAUACUUUGCAUAACACAUUAGCAACCAGUCAGAACACCUUAACGGCCAUCUACAUAGAAACCAGCCAACACCUUUGAAACUACCUAGCAACCAGCCAGAACACCCGAGGACAGGGUUCCUCAAAUUCAAUCAGAGUUUAGCUGGAACCCUAAUAAAUCUCACCAACAUGUGAUUCUCUAAUGAUCCUGAAGACCUUGAUGAGCUUCCUCAGGUGUGUUUAAUCAAGGUUGGAGCUAAACUCUGCAGGGUAUAGGCCCUUCAGGACAAGAUUUGAAGAACCCUGCACCUCUGCCUAGUAACCAGUGUUAUUUUAGUAUUAGUCAGAUACCAUUACAUUUUUUGAAACAUUUGAAUUCUUUUCUAUUUCACGUUUUCAUUUUAAUUAAAAUUAUAAGCAAAUUUGUUGUCAUUUUGUCAUGUAAUAAGUUCUUCUUUUUUAUAUGUCUUUAGUUUCUAUGAAUUUUAUUUCAGUCUUAGUUAAAGUUAUUUUAGUACAUUAAGGCCCAAAAUCCCAUACUCUCAAUAAGGUACAUAUUCUGAAGUAAUUACUCCAUGACUGCAUAAAAGUAUGUUCUAUAGUAGAUUGUGUGUCGCAUGAAUGUAUUCUGGAAUGUAUUUGUACUACAUUCACUAUAUUGUCAUUGUCACUCACAUGUCCUAGCAUCAGCGCUGGCAUCAUGGGACAGUGAAGUGUCCUCUGUAUGCACACUUCAGAAUCUCACCAGAAGCAGCAGGUCACCUGUGGACUUUUUUGCCUAUACCCUUAAUGAGUACUAUGAAUUUGAUAUACUUCUUUUGUCGCAAACACUUUUUGGCCCACUAUACAGAAGGGAAGUGUGGGAUUUCAGUUACAGCCCAAGUUUAAGGUAGGGUAGCAGGUUCUGCUCUAGCGUCAUCUAGCAGAACUACAAAAAUAAAGCACGUUUUCAGACAACCUUUGCAAAACGCCACUCGCACCCUUCACGCCUCACGACAAACACAGCUCAUAUGGGUCUAUAAAAGUGAAGGCAUGUCUCAACAGAUAAAAGCAGGCAACUUUCAACAAAAGAUUCAACAUAGGAAUCCUUUUAAGUUAUAAUAUUGAGCUAAAAGUUUUAAAUUUCACUUACCUGAAAUAGAAGUAACACACAAGUUUGUUGUAUCGACUGAAACCCAAACAUUCCAUCACAUUCCUCCAUAUUGUAAAAACACCAAUGUUUACCCUUUUUUAACAUUGUGUUUGUCUCUCUGUAUUUGGGCAUGUCUUUCAAGUCUUCUUUUGGCUUCCACUUCAGAAACAGGAAUCUGAGUGUUUUUCCCCAUGCUUUUUCCACACCGGCUAAACACACUUUUAUAUUACUCAGCUAUUAUAGCCAUGCUUCAAGCUCUCGCUCUCAGCUGUGUGAAUUUAUGAGUGGAGGUAAGACAUCCUAUCAUUGCAUUCGGACCCAUUUUUAUGGUAUGGAGCCUUCCAUAGGCCCUGUUCCAAAUUGCACUUAAGCCUCGCAGUCUUUCUCACAAACUUUUGUGACAUAACACUGCAUUGACUGUUGGUUAGAUACUGCGGCACUCACCUCAGUGCGUGUGUGAGCUCAGAAAUAUUAAAAUAAUUCAAAAUAAUAAAUCAACAAUCUCUACAACCAGUCAAAACUCUCAAGCAAUGCCCUAACAAUACCCUAUCAGCCACCUAAAUAGGUCUGUAUAAACUGACCCAGUAUUCAAACUACACACUUAGAGUUUGGAAUUUCAAGGAAAGGCUUUGUCAAGCCAACAGUGAUGUUUGUAUUUCAUUUUCUUGUUUCUCUAUUUCCUUUUUAAUUUUAGUGAAUGUAAAUGAGAAGCGGAGUUGAUCUGUAAUGAAGUUAAAUAAAAGACCUGAAUGCAAUCUUUUA